AUGAUGGAUCCUUCUGUUGGAACACUUGCGGAGGGUGUCAAUAUUCGUUUUUCCGAUGUCCAAGGGGAGGAGUUACAAAAUAUUGUUGAUUUUUUGAAAAAUCCAGCUAAAUUCAACAAGAUUGGGGCCAAAUUGCCUAAGGGGGUGCUUCUAGUAGGAGAACCCGGUGUUGGAAAGACUCUUUUGGCGAAGGCAGUCGCUGGUGAAGCAAAUGUCCCAUUUAUUUAUACUUCGGGGAGUAGUUUUGAUGAGGUUUUCGUUGGAGUUGGUUCAUACAGGAUGCGAAAAUUGUUUCAAUCGGCCAAACUAAAUGCUCCGUGUAUUCUCUUUAUCGAUGAGAUCGAUUCGGUCGGCGGCUCUCGUUCGUCUUCGCCUCAGCAUCCAUAUGCAAACCAGACAAUCAAUAUGUUUUUAUCCGAAAUGGAUGGCUUUUCCCCUAACGACGGAGUCAUUGUUUUGGGUGCUACAAAUCAGAGGGAUCAUCUUGACAAAGCUCUCCUUCGGCCAGGCCGAUUUGAUCUUGAGAUUUAUGUGGCUCCGCCCAAUUUUGAGGGUCGAUUGGCGCUUUUUAAACUGUACCUCAGCAAGGUUAAGCUUGCACCUUCUGUAGAUCUAUGUAAACUUGCCCAUGGAACCGUGGGGUAUACCGGUGCAGAUAUUAUGAAUAUGGUUAACCAGGAGAGUUGUUUUUAG